AGUCGCACUGACAGUUUGUCAAGAAGCAGUUGUCAAGUGUGUUUCAUGGAGGCGAGAGUUUUUCUCGCCCAGGAGUCUUUCCACGAGCCAUUGUGUCCUAAAUUUCCCAUCUUGUGUGCUUCCUCAUAUUCAGGAGAGUGCCAAAGGUGGUGAUUUACCCCAUAAUCCCGGACAAAUGCCAGGAGUUGCCUGGGUGUUUGCCAAUGCGAAUGAAAAGUUGACACUUCGCUCCUCGCGAGUGUAGUUCGGGUGUGUGUGUGAGAGAGAGAGACUGAAAACGCUCAAUAUUUGGGAUCUUUUGUGGAUAUUUGCUGAUUCUGAGGUAUUCCAGAUAUACAGUACAGCCUUCUCCUUCGCCUGGGUGUUAUAGAUCACACAGCAGUGUCGUUGGCGGAAUUGGCGAGAAGGCCACACACACACGCACACUUUGUCCUCCGCAGUCCCAAAUUGUGACCCCCCUCACAGGAACUGAGAGGCUCCGGACGUGAUGUACGGAAUGACACAGACCACUGCCAUUCCUUCUUCCAGUCCCAGCCCUGGUUCAUCAACACUCCUGCCAAUGGUACGCAAAGUCCGUGCCUCCGUGGCCCCUUCAAUCCGGGGCGCUGGUCCGCCUGAGGGACGAGCCACGGGGACCAGAACAACAUCGGGAACAUUGCAUGCGUUUAAAGGACAGAAAUGGAGCUCCUUUCUCGAGAAUGCCGACUCAUUGCGAGAUCCAGAGCGAAGAGUUGAUGAUCGUGAUGAUGCAGGUGGGAGUGUGAUGCGUCUGGACAGUAAAGAAAUGUCUAUCUAUGGUGUUUGUCCAGAAACUGAUCGUUUUACAGCUGUAGUGUGUGACUACUGUGGCACCGUCGUGAAGCCACAGGCUUUUAAGUCACACAUUAAGCGACACUCUUCGGAUCCUUCAGCUGCGACUGUCCUUCAAGCUGUUUGGGCUGAUGCAAAAACCUGGACAGACAACCAUCCAGACACACUGACGAGUGGUGUGGAGGAUGUUAGUUUGGACAAAAAACUCAAGCCACCAUCAACGAACAAGUGUCCCAAAAGUACCACCGCUUCGGCCUUCCUGGACGAACUCGAGGCUCGUGAUCCAGGAAGUCUGUUUUCAUUCAGAGGGCAAAAAUGGACAACAUUUCUCAAAAAUGCCGAUCAACUGCAAAACUCAGAACGCCAAGCUGUCGAUCGGACUACAACCGCGGAAGAUACGAUGCGUCUGGAUGGGACAGAUUUGGCAAUUUAUGGCAGCUCAGACUCAGAUCGCUAUACAGCUGUGGUAUGCCAUUUCUGUGGGAGUGUCGUGAAGCCUCAGGCACUUCAGGCCCAUAUGAAUAGUCAUGCCACGGAUUCAUCUGGUGAUGUUCAAGUGGCUUUGACAGAUGGGAAGUCUUGGGCAAAUUCACAGCGUCAAGAUACUAAUGCAAGUGCUUCUGAAGAAGUGUCCACUGUGUGCCUGGAUAAUCAGUUAAAACCUCCAAUGACUGCUACUGCCUGCAUGUCCAGUGGACUGCCAAUUCUUCAACAUGGUACCAGUCCCUCAAAGGGUACCACAGCUCCACCACAUACAGAUAGCCUUGAAUCAAUGGAUAGUCUCCUGCAGUCUGAUAACUUGAUUAGUAAUUCGGCCAAGGCAUCGGUGCCACCAAGAAAAGGAGCUACUGGACGAGGUCGUGGAAGACAACCGGGUGCCAAGGAUCGUGAAUAUGAUCCUGAUCGUCAUUGUGGUGUGCCAGUGGAGUCAGGAAAGCCGUGCACUAGGACUCUCACGUGCAAAUCGCAUGCAUUGUCACUGAGACGUCAAGUGGGCGGUAGAAGUGUGCCCUUUGAUAAACUUCUGCUGGAACAUAGAAAUUCCCGGGCUGCUAGAUCUCGUACGAAUGUUAGUGGUGUUCAACCGGAUGCCGAUUCAAGUAAUUCCUCGUCGAGCUUUGACAUCGAACGCAAGAGUCUCAGUGGGGCAUCGAGUUCUAAUUCAAGUUGUGGACAUCCACCGACAGAAUCACCACUGAGACAUCCAACAGAGGAACCAGAUCCUGUCGAUGGUGAGGACUCGAAGAUUCCCAUCAAAUUAACUGAUUGUUCGGUGACACUGAAUAAGUUAAAGCGCGAGCAUACGGUCAGUAUCCUUAGUAAAGCAAAAAGGCAACAUCUGGAUCAUGAGAGUCCUCGAAGUGUUCAGAAGCAAAAGUCACGUUCAGAUAUCUUUGAUGUGUCGUCCAUUGCAAGUGCACAGAUGGCACAAGUGCCUCCAGCAGCUUCGACGGUGACCAAUGUUGCUUCAAUGGAAGCUCCGGAUAUAUCCCUGCAGCACAUUAGUCAAGCAUCUGAACAACAACUCACCGUGGCAGUGCCGCUGUCGAUGAUUAGCGUGAUGAAUUUGAGUGGGAGUGUUCCGUGUCAAGAUGAUGGUAUCACUGAGAUGACUCAACCACCUCCGGCUCUUCAUCCUGAUUCUGGUCUCUUUACACUGUCCAAUCGGGCAAGGAGGGAUUUGCAGCGUUCAAAACUUCAUCUGCUCCGACGGUCUGGUGUUAAGAGUGAGGAACAAGAAACUGCCCAGGAGUCCAUUGAGGAGUUUCCGGAUAUAGAUACCUGGCACAGUACAAUUCCACGUCCGUGCCAGAUAAAUUGCAUGAAAUUGCGUCGUAUUGGAGGUGGAAGUAUCCUGUCCAGGCGCUUCUGUAACUUCCGCAAAGCCCUCCUUGCCAAUAUGUCGUCCACCAGUAUGGCCACGACACCUGGACAAAGUACCAUAAGCACGAGUGUGGGCACCGUGGCGAGUCUUCUCAGUGGACGAAGUGGAGUUGGGAGUAGUACAGCUAAGCACACAACUUACCUAGAUAAAGUGAACUUUCCCGGGGAAAGAAUAAAAGUCUAAAAAAAAAUAAAAAGUGGAGAAAUUGUACAGAGAACCUCAACGCAGGAGACUUAAGAAAAAAAAAAGAUAGUGAGCAAAAAAAUUAUAGAAAAAAAAAAUUAAUUUUUUAACAUCUGGCGAUAAAUUGUUACAAAUGCAAAGUGUAUCAGAAUUCACAUUAGAAUUGCAAAAUAUUGUAAAAAUUACUGUUUUCUAUUAUAAAUUUAUUUGUAGUUUUUUUUUUUGAUAUUGUACAGCAAUUUUAGUAAAAUAUGCAUGAAUUUUUUUCACGUGUCAA